UCUGGAAGUGCUUACUGCUGUUGCUCAGUCUCACAGAAACACAGUAAGGCUGCGUGAAAUAACCCUUCCAAAGAGAAGAUGUCUUUCAUAAAAGUAGAUCCAUUGUCUGAUUUCUCCUUCCACAACCUCCCUUACGGAAUAUUCUCCACACCUGAAAAUACCAAACGUCGCAUUGGUGUUGCCAUUGGAGACCAGAUCCUGGACCUCAGUGUGAUAAAGUCUUUGUUUCGAGGACCUGUGACUUCCAGACAUCAGGAUGUCUUUGAUCAACCCACACUGAAUGCUUUCAUGGCUCUUGGUUAUGAGGCCUGGAGGGAGGCCAGGAGGACCUUGCAGGAGUUGCUGUCAGCCAAUGAGAGCACGCUGAGAGAUGAUGUCAGCCUUCGAAGCAGAGCAUUUGUCCAUCAGAGUACAGCCACCAUGCACCUUCCUGCAGAGAUUGGUGAUUACACUGACUUCUACUCCUCCAGAGAUCACGCCGCCAAUGUUGGCACCAUGUUCCGGGGGAAGGAAAACUGUCUGAUGCCAAACUGGUUGAGGCUUCCUGUGGGAUACCAUGGUAGAGCUUCAUCAGUGAUUGUUUCUGGGACGCCAAUCCGUCGCCCCUCAGGCCAGAUGAGACCUGACCAAACAAAACCUCCAGUGUUUGGCCCGUCGAAGCAGAUGGACAUUGAGCUGGAGAUGGCCUUCUUUGUUGGAGGGGGUAAUCAGCUUGGAGAGCCCAUUCCCAUCAACAAAGCCCAUGAACACAUUUUUGGCAUGGUGCUCAUGAAUGAUUGGAGUGCCAGAGACAUCCAGGCAUGGGAGUAUGUCCCCCUUGGUCCUUUUCUGGGGAAGAACUUCGGGACAACCAUCUCUCCCUGGGUCGUUCCAAUGGAGGCACUGUUACCCUUUGCAGAGCCCAACACCAUCCAAGAUCCAGAGCCACUUCCCUACCUGCAACACCCUGAUGCGUAUACUCUAAACAUUAACCUGUUUGUGUUGCUUAAAGGACAGGGCAUGGCAGAGGCAGCAACCAUCUGCAAGUCAAACUUUAAGUACAUGUACUGGACCAUGAAGCAGCAGCUUGCCCAUCAUACGGUCAACGGUUGCAAUGUGAGACCAGGAGACCUGCUGGCUUCUGGUACCAUUAGUGGACCUGAUCCAGAGACUUUUGGCUCCAUGCUGGAGCUGUCGUGGAGAGGAUCCAGGAGCAUCGAUCUGGGAGGAGGAGAAACCAGAACCUUCCUGAACGAUGGAGAUGAAGUUACCAUCACAGGUUACUGUCAAGGAGAUGGAUAUAGAGUGGGCUUCGGAUCCUGCAUGGGAACCAUUCUACCUGCCCUUCAAAAUUAAAACACACUGUUAUUUAAGUGGGCAUUUUUUAAUAGAAAAUAAAUUAUGUACAACACAAACACACAUAUUUCUGUUAGAAUAAUGUUUCCAGCUUUAGUUUAUAAUAGCUAUGUUUUUAUAGAAUCAGUUGUUGUAUUCUCAGAGCUCUAGAGUGUUGUACAGUCACCUUGUUAUGGAAAUCCUCAUAUUGGUUCAGCAGAGGGAUGGUCCCACAUCACACCAAGGUUACUGCUAUACCAGGACAGGUAUUAUAAAUGUUUUGUGUUGGCUUCUGAUUUUUCAUAAAAAUCAUGUUUUUA